AUGCCGUCCACCGGCUGGUACACCAUCGGUAUCGCGUCGUUUGCAUCAAUCGGCACGUUCUUAUACGGCUAUGAUACGGGUAUCGUAACUACGACAAUUGCCCAUGCUAGUUGGGCGGCUUACAUGGGCAACCCAUCUUCUGCUCUCACGGGCGCUGUGGGUGCCAUCUACAUAGCCGGUGAAGCAGUCGGUGCCAUUUCGCAAAUCCUAGUUGCCGAUAAGCUUGGACGACUUCGCUUUAUGCAACUUGCAGCCGUUAUCGUAACGAUCGGGGCCAUCUUGCAGACAGCAUCGGUCAACAUUGGCAUGUUUCUCGCGGGUCGAAUUAUCUCGGGAGUCGCUGUUGGAGCAUUGAGUGGUACUGUGCCUGUCUACCUCUCAGAGAUCGCACCCCCUAAAAACCGAGGACUUAUCGGCGGUCUCUCCGGCGUGGGUCUUUCAUCCGGUAUAAUGCUUGCGAACUGGGUUGGCUUUGCCUGUGGUUAUGCUCCGUAUGGCGCGGUCCAGUGGCGUCUUCCAUUGGGCCUCCAGCUGCCCUGGGGCAUCAUCUUGUUCAUAGGUUUGGCUACCUUCAUGCCAAACUCCCCGCGCGAAAUGAUUCACAAGGGCAAGAUCGAGGAAGCACGACAAGAGUUUGCGAGAAUUCGAAGCGAUCUGCAUUCCCAGGAGCUACACGAAGAAUUCGGGCUUAUGCGAAGGCAAAUCGAAUAUGAGCGGUCGCGUGAACUCACCUCGUUUCGUGAGAUCUUCAAGCUAUAUCGACAUCGCGUCUUAGUGUCUGUUAGUGUGCAGGUGUUAACGACUGUGACGGGCGUCAAUGUCAUUCAGUACUAUCAAACAAUCCUCUAUAAAUCCUUGGGCAUUAAUUCCCAGACUAUACUCGCGCUCACUGCGGCGUGGGGAACGUGUGCUUUCAUCUCUAACGCCAUCGCUGUCAACUUCCUUCCCGAUAAACUAGGCCGUCGCAAAAUGCUUCUCUUCGGGCUGGCUUGUGUCAUUGUCACCGAGAUCUAUGCCGCUAUUAUGCAACUCAAAUUCCAGAACACGGAUAACCGUGUCGGCAAGGGAUUUGCCAUUCUAGGGAUCUUUCUAUUUGUUGUGUGCUACUAUAGCCUCAUCAAUAGCACUACUUGGUUGUACGGGUCAGAGGUCCUUCCCAUGACUAUUCGAAGCCGAGUCAUGGGCGUCGCUGCUACGGCUCAUUAUGUAGUCAAUGUUGGCAUCACCGAGGCUGGCCCCAGUGCCUUUGCCACGAUUCAUCAGAACUAUUACUAUGUCUUUGUCGGGUGUUGCACUGUUUACUGGUUCAUCAUAUAUUUUUACUACCCGGAGACGAACCAGAAGACUCUCGAGGAAAUUGCCGCCGCAUUUGGUGACCGUGUUGUGGAAGUCGAUGAGCAGGAGGUGGUUGCUGAAGGAGUAGCAUUCGAGGGCAAAGCCAUCGCAGGGCACAUCGAAGAUCCGGUCGAUGCCUAG